UUGGGCGCAACGCGUGUGCGCAAGGAUAUAAGUCCGUGUCAAAGGUUUGAGAGUUUUGUUUACAAAAUGGAUGAAUUUAAAACCUGUAACCUGGACUACUUUCCCGAAAACAUUUUAAUAGAUGUGUUGUCCUACUUGAGCGUCAGAGAGCUUGUCAGAGCUGGGAGAGUGUGUAAGAGAUGGAAACGCCUUGUUAAAGACCAAAGACUGUGGAGAACGGUCGAUCUGACCGCAUGGAAAGGGGUGACAUCCCGCAUCCUUUGGGUCCUGCUGCGUCAGUACCUGGGUUGCGGACUAAGGUGCCUUCGUUUGCGUGGUUUGCUGCUCUCUGCCAGAGGCGGCACCUUUCUCUCAGAGUCGUGGCUCAAAGCUUUGUCCACUAGAUGUCCACGCCUGAGUAAGCUCUAUCUUCUGCAUGCAGACCUGAGAGGCCUGCCUAACUGUCAGAUCCUACCUCCCACUUUGCGGGUCCUGGAGUUGAGAGGCUGUGAGCUGCCUCGUGGUUUUUUUAGCCAGAACCUGCCGGGUUCUCUUCCUUCCCAAGAAAGAGCCGAAGCCACAUCUAGUGUUGGCGCACCACAGCAAGGAAAGGGUCAGAAAGGAAGAGGACUCGGAUCUCCUUCGGGCACUGGCAUUGAGAGGCUAGUCCUCAACAAUGUGCCCUCUUUCACAGACCAGCACCUGCAGAGUCUCGCGUCGUGGGAGAGGCUCAGUCGGUUAGAGUUACGUGACGCCUUUCGCGUGACAGCAAACGGGCUCAGAAGCUGUGCGGCCAAAGAUGGCCUCUCUGGUCUGGAAGGGCUUUCAAGGCUGAAGUUCCUGGAAAUAGGCAUCACGGGACGGCAAGGUUACCAGUUACAAAUGGCGUCCCUCGGGCUGGGGGCAGGAUGGCUGGGCCUGGAGGAGCUGAGCCUUGGUGGUAAAGAGGUGGGGCCCGGCCUGCUCUGCGCCAGCCGGCUGAGGGACCUGAAGCGCCUGUGCCUGUGGGCCUGCACCCUCAGCGAGCUGCAGAUAGUACGGGGCUGCAGGAUGCUCCGUGGACUCCGGCAGCUGGAGUUUUUGGACGUGGUCUUCCAGCCGAGGCAGAGUCCCCCAGUGGAAGAAGGGGAGGGGGACGGCGGAGAGCAGCAGGAUGGAGAGGAAGCUGCCGCUCCGGAAGCAGAUAAUAAUGAGGAGAACAGGACAGGAGAGUCAAACGAUCCUUUUCCAAAUCUGCGUCGCUCCCUGGCUGUCCUGCUGCCCUCUUGCGCUGUGGUUUUCACUAACUGCUCAGUUCAAGUGAAUGCCGAUUAA